CUGCUACAAUCUAUCGAGAGAAAUGAAAACAUGGAAAAUUUGACAGACACAGGGGGCACCGGAGUGCGAGAAUUCGAAGAAUUCGGAACAAGUCAUUCCAAGCGAUUUGUGCAAGCCUACCGAAGCUGAAUGCCAGAUCCUUUACGAAUGACAGCGACGAGCUGAUUUCAACUGAAAUCGAAACAUGACAGACGAGCGUAAUUUCCGGUCAUCCUAUUACGAAAAGGUGGGAUUUCGCAGUGUCGAAGAGAAGAAAUCCCUGGAAAUAUUGCUGAAGGAGCGUCCGCUUGACAAGGCGAAGCUUAAGCAGUUUUGCCUGAGGUUCGCAGUACCGGCAAUAUACAGAAAUUUACUAUGGAAAAUAAUCCUGGGUGUCGUGCCAGUCUACACCGAAAGUCAUGCAUUUGUUACAGCGCAGAGAAAAAUAGAGUUCGAUGACCUGAAACGUGCACUUUGUACGAUCAAAACAGUCGAAGAAAACAGCAAACCUCACCAUCUUUUUUUAACGAUGUGGAUUUUGCGAUCAAGACGUGUGAGCUUAGACAUGAACGCCGUAUUAGAAACUCCGCUACUAAAGGCUAUGAGUCAGCUGGCUGAAAGUGUCACACAGAUCAUAGACGCCACUCACGAACCGGUUGACACUUUCUGGGUGCUUGGUGGGCUCCUGGACAUCGUGCAAAAGAUUCAUGGCGACGUCGGGAGGCUCCAGGAGUGCACCUGCACAUUAUUGGAAAGAGAAGACUCCGAGCUUCACAGACACUUGGUGAAGAUCAGCACGCUACAGUUUCUGCCGUACGAGACAUGGUUUUGCUCCUGUUUCGCAGGGACGAUUAGCGAUAGCUCCAUACCAAAAAUCUGGGACAAGAUAGUUGCCGGAUCCUAUAAGAUUCUGGUCUUUGUCACCCUUGUGACUUUGACCAGUUUGAGGCGGCUCUUGCUUCGCUGCGAAGGAAUAGAUUAUGUACUUGACUGCAUUAAUAAUAUAUCCGAAGAGACUGCUGAGAUGAUAGUAAACAAGGCGAUUGAACUGUGGCAGCAAAGCGGUUCCGCGCUGGCAUCCAUGUCUCAAAUUACAGUGAACUCUGUACAGAAUACCUGAAGAGAUUCUUUCAUUAUUUGCGGAUUUUCUGCAAUAACGAUUAGAGGAGUUGCUCGUAAUACCCCAACGGCAAUGACGGUUUCAACUUUGAUUGUAUCAUUUUUUGGAAUCUCUGAUGUGACGAAAAUCGUCUUGUAUACAUGAAAGUCUUGCGCAUAUCAAAAUUUUGUCAAUAUCCGGUGUAUCUAAUAAGUGGCUCAUGUAUUUAUCAAUCUUAAUCUCAUGACUAUUUCUGCUCAUACACUAAUAUACUAAUUUCACUCAACAAUGGUUUUUGAAAUUUGAGGAACAGGUAAAGGUUCCAUCACAAUGCUUUUUUUUCUAGCAAUAAUAUCUCCUCAAACAUCUAAGAGCCAUAGAGUUUGGAAAAAAGAAAAUGGAUCUUGCAGAUAACAAAGAUCGAAAAAAAUGAACAUCAAUCUUUUUUUCUUUAUCUUAAAAAUAAUUGGUUUUUAUUGACGCAUCCAUUAUCGUACAAUUACAUACAGUGUAUAAUCAACUACGUUAGAAGCUAGAACUAUAUAAUAAUCUAUAUUUAUAAUUUAUACCGCUCUUGAAUGUCUUUUUAUUUAAUAAUAGUUUUAAAUCUAUGGUGCAGCGGGUGUUCAUGUCCUGAGCUGCUUAGAGACAUAAAUUAAUAGGAUCCCGAGUACGUAAAACAAAAACCUGAAACUAUACAAUACGAGUCUGUACAUCUUGCAAAUUUGUCAAGAAUACUGCCGAUACAAAUUUAAAGAGUACGUUUGUGCAACAAAGACGCACUCGCCAAAACUUCAUCGAAGGAAACCUUUGCCAGUCCACAAUUUCAUUAAAAAACCAACUGACGUAAAUGUCCACGUAUUGUUACUUGAUUUCAGCGUGAAAAUGUUUAACCACGUAUCAGUUACCGAGGAACAUGCGUGCAUACGAUGAGAGCAU